AGCCAUUUCACGGCUGACCGCCGCUGUCAGUCGUUACAGUGAGAAAGAGAUUUUUAAGGAACUUUUUUUUAACAAAUUCUGACAAAAUAUACACAAAUUAAAAUAAAUUCCAAAGAAAAUUUUGCAACCAUUCAUACAAUAGUGUAUUAAUAAUCAACAAGUUAAACAGUUUGUUUAAAAUAUUUUAAAUAAUCGUGAUUUAAACAGGUAUUAUUACAAAACAUAUUUAACGGUUAGAAGUAUAAAAUAAAAGUUUCUGAUAAACUAAAAUGUUUAUUACGCGGAUAUUGCCUUUAAGGCUUCUAAUUUUGUCAUUACUAAAUAUUGGCUGUGUUAGGAUUAUUGGUGCCAGAAAUCUGGUUGCAGACAACGCAAUACAGAAGAGAGAUGCUUUUGAGGAUGAAACACCAGCAUGCCAAAUCUACUGCUAUGGAAACCUGUUACAUACCGUACAAAUGGCUCACUUAUUCGACGAUUCAAAGACAUUCGUCGACAUGAAAUUAAAAUUUACACCGGAACAAACAUUUUCGGAAUUUCAAGAAUUCAUGACAUCAAAAAACAAUGAACCAUCUCAAGACGAUCUCCGGCAAUUUGUAAAUGAUCAUUUCGAUGAUCUCGGUAAAGAAUUUGUUCCUUGGGUACCGGAUGAUUGGACGGAUCAUCCAGCUUUUAUUGAUAACAUUAACGAUCCCGAUCUAAAACAAUGGGGUGUAGAUUUGAAUGGUAUAUGGAAGGAACUGGGACGCAAAAUGAUUGAGGACGUUCACCAAAAUCCACAUUUCUAUUCUAUUAUACCGGUUGAUAAUCCAGUCAUUGUGCCGGGAGGACGUUUUAUUGAGUUUUAUUAUUGGGACUCAUACUGGAUUAUCAGAGGUCUUUUGUAUUCGGAAAUGACACACACCGCUAAAGGCAUGUUGGAAAAUUUCAUGUCUAUUAUACAAAGAUUUGGUUUUAUACCCAAUGGUGGACGGAUAUAUUACGCUGGGCGUUCACAGCCUCCACUAUUGGCCGCCAUGAUCGAUUCUUAUGUAGAGUUUACAAAAGACAACCAAUUUGGUAUAGACGCUUUAGAUGUUUUGGAACACGAAUUCGAGUACUGGAUGAACAAUCACACAGUACAGGCCAAGGGCUAUAAUGUCUGUGCAUAUAGCAACUCUGCGCCUGGUCCACGUCCAGAGUCUUAUCGCGAAGAUGUUGAAACAUCUAAAAUGUUUCCUACGGACGAAGAUAAAGAAGCCCAUUACAAUGAAUUGAAGGCAGCGGCUGAGUCCGGUAUGGACUUUAGUUCGCGUUGGUUCAUCAAUGAGAAAGGUACACAAGAAGGCAAUCUAACUAAUCUAAAAACUCGCUCCAUAGUUCCUGUAGAAUUAAACGCCAUUCUGUAUUGGAAUGCAAAAAUUAUCGCAAAAUAUUACAAAUUAUCGGGCAAUGAGGCUAAAUCGAAUGAUUAUGAAAACAAAGCCGCCUACAUAUUAGAGGCAAUUGAAGCCGUCCACUGGAAUGAAGAUGCCGGUGUAUGGCUUGAUUAUGAUCUUAUAAAUAAUAAGUCUCGAAACUUUUUCAUACCUACCAACUUAUCACCACUUUGGACGAAGGCCUAUAACUCCAGUUUAUCAGAGAAAAUUUCGGCAUCAGUAUUGAAAUAUAUUGAUGAUUUAAAACUGGACAGCUAUCCUGGAGGAGUGCCCAAUACUCUUUAUAACACCGGUGAACAGUGGGACUUUCCUAAUGUUUGGCCUCCCAUGCAAUACAUACUUAUCCAGGGCUUAGAUAAUUUGGGCACCGAAGGUUCUAAAAACAUUUCAAAAAAAUGGGGUCAUCGAUGGGUGAAAUCAAACUUUAAAGCUUAUAGCGAGACUAGAGCAAUGUAUGAAAAGUAUAAUGCUGAAACUUUUGGUGGACAUGGCGGAGGUGGGGAAUAUGGUGUUCAAAAGGGUUUUGGAUGGUCUAAUGGUGUUAUAAUAGAGUUCCUCAAUAAUUAUGGUCGUGAGAUCUCAAUUACUACAAACAAUGAUAAUGGCGGAGGAAAUCUGAAAAUGUGGAGUAUUAUAAGUGUGGCUAGCGUAGCAAUAGUUGCAAUUAUACUUGGAAGGAUCAUUUGGUAGGUUAUUUUUCGAGCACAAUUGACGUUCCAUUUAUUAAAGAUGGAAGAUUAUUAAAUUUGUUGUAUAAAUGUUUUUUUUUUGUAAAUUAAAUUUGUCUUUAUUUGUUUUAUAAUUGUUGCAACUAUUAAGUUAUGUAUAUUAAUCAUUCGCAGUAUUAAAUGUUUAGUAAAUAUAAAAUUAAUAAAUCUAAUAAAAUGUUUAACUAAA